AUGAUAGCAUCUAUUCCAAUGGAAGAUCAAGAUCGGCAAAUAACGGUACCCCAGUCCCUGCUUCAUCCGAUUCAUGGCGCUAUGGGAACAGGCAGGGUCCAAUCUGGGUCUUGGUCAGUCCUCCCGGUCAUCCAAUCAUACAUACCUCAGGCUCUGCCGGACUUCCACAAGACGCCUUCUAUCAUUCCAUUGAAGACCCCUUCACCUCAUCUUCUAAUUUCCUCUAGACCGUCCUCUUCCUCUCUUGCCGUCUACUUUAGCUUCAUAGGUUUCGCUGGAGCUGUUCUAAGGCAUAAGCUUCGGACCAAGAUGAACAUAACGAGAGGAAGAACGAGGGGAUUGGCUGGCAACCAUAUUGAAAGGUUUCCUACAAACCUGGAUUGGACCACCUCGGUCCGCCCACUUCGCGAUCGCGUUUCACCCAGAGCUUGUCCGAGGCUGGGCGUAGUCCACCAGCUGACUCAUAUCGGCUCACCUAACUACAUUCCUCCACCAUGGGGACCGUCUCUAACAGCUCUAUAA